UUUGUCUAUAAUAUCACUAAAUCAACAACGUAUGUAGAGAAACAAUGCUACCAAUAGCAUAUCAUAUGAGAACCACUACUACGUACUGUCUUAAAUGUGGCGGCAACGGUUACCUUCGGGCGGGGUGUGUAACAUCUUACGAGAUUUUUUUUCUUUCUCCUUGUUGAACCUUUCCCCAACUUUUUUUGCUCUUUUUCCUUUCUCUUUUUUGCCUCCCUUUACUUUCUUUCCCUUCUUUUUGUUUUCUUCCUCCCCCUUUGGCCUGAAUUCGAUUGCUAGACAUUGUCCAAAUCCCCAUCAAAAUGUCUUGCAUUACCACGCCAGCCAUUCCUCCGGUGGCUCUUGAAUCAAUCACUCAGCACAUUGGCAACACACCCCUCGUGCGCUUGAAUAGACUUCCACGUAGCCUUGGGAUUGAGGCAACUGUCUAUGCGAAAUUGGAAUACUUCAAUGCCGGAGGAAGUGUGAAAGAUAGGAUUGCUCUGCGCAUGAUCGAAGAGGCUGAACGAUCAGGGCGCAUAAAGCCUGGUGAUACUCUCAUCGAACCCACUAGCGGUAACACUGGAAUUGGUUUGGCGCUCGUCGGCGCUGUAAAGGGAUACAAGACCAUAAUUACUCUCCCGGAGAAGAUGUCAGCUGAGAAGGUGGCCGUACUGAAAGCGUUGAAUGCAACCAUCAUCCGAACUCCUAAUGAAGCUGCGUACGAUUCACCGGAAUCUCACAUCGGUGUCGCCAAGCGUCUUGAGAAGGAACUCCCGAACGCGCAUAUCCUAGACCAAUAUGGUAACGAGAAUAACCCGCUGGCCCACGAAUUGGGUACAGCGGAAGAAGUCUGGACGCAGACCAAGGGCCAAAUCAAGGCCAUUGUUGCCGGCGCAGGAACUGGUGGAACAAUCACUGGACUGUCUCGGGGCCUGAAGAAGCAUAACCCCGAUAUCAAGGUUAUUGCAGCUGACCCUCAUGGUUCCAUCUUAGCUUUGCCGCCUUCACUAAACGAAGACCAUGUAAACGAACCAUACAAGGUUGAAGGAAUUGGGUAUGAUUUCAUUCCCCAAGUGCUCGACCAGCAGGCCGUGGACCAGUGGUACAAAACUGGAGAUAAAGAUUCAUUCCAGUACUCUCGGCGGUUAAUUGCUGAAGAGGGCCUCCUUGUAGGAGGAAGCAGUGGGAGCGCCAUAUCAGCUCUGGCGCAAGCGGCGAAGGACUACAACUUCGGGAAGGAUGAUGUGAUUGUUGUCAUUUUGCCUGACAGCAUCAGAAGCUAUUUAACUAAGUUUGCUGACGAUGACUGGCUUGCUGCUAAUGGACUCCUGACAUCGCCCCCGGUCGAAGCUGCGGACCUGCCCUCAACACUGCAGCAGCCACAUGAACAAAAGGAUGACUUCGCUGGAUCAAGGGUCAGCUCGCUGAGGUUAAAGCCCAUCACAACCGUCCAGUCCAAUAUCUCUUGUGAAACUGCCAUUGAAAUGAUGCGAGAUCGAGGAUUCGACCAACUGCCAGUGCUUGCACCUUCUGGCAAGAAGCUCGUAGGACUAGUGACUCUAGGGAAUGUUCUCAGUCGGCUCACCCACGGACGUGCUACUGGGAAGAGCCCUGUGUCAGAUGUUAUGUUCAACUUCAGUAAAAUAUCCGAGGUAGUCACUGACCCGAGAGAUAUGGGAUUGACCAGUUCCACGCCAGAAAAAGCGAAUAGCUCGGAGCCCCGGGUUAAAGACCGGAAAUUUGUGGAAAUCACUAUGGACACACCGCUCAGCGUAUUGAAUCGCUUCUUUGAAUGGAACAGUGCAGCGGUCAUUACUGAGAGGGAUGAACAAGGAGUGAUGAGACCAGUGGCAGUUGCAACAAAGGUCGAUCUACUUACAUGGAUGCUUCAUCAUAAGGACGAAUCGGCAUAAUAUAGUGUCUCCUCGAGCUAUGCAUAUUAGUAUACUUGAAGCGCGAGACUGGAAAUUGUCAAUGCUACGUUUUCUUAUAUUCUGUGUUUUUUCCUUCUUUGCUUCGUCACGCCAAGUAUAACGUCUAUUCUAUCUCGAUGUGGUGUCAUUUAUGCGACUAAUAGAGAGGAAACAUCUUACGAAUAGAGGGUGCUUAGUACCAGAGUCUAUCUCAA